AUGUUGGAACAAUUUUACAAGUUAAAAGAAAAGAAUAGUUUAAAUAGAGAUUCAAGUAUAAAAGAACCUAAAACAUUGGUCCUAUCUGAUGGUCCAUUUGGAAAGAUUCAAGAUCUACCUUUUAUUCCAAGAUAUACAGUAGGAGGUCAUGGCAAACUUGAAGAGUCUGAAGAAAAUCAAGGUGAAGAGACUGUAGCGCCUGAUUCACCUGAACCAAUUUUAUUCCCUGACAAAAAUUGUGUUUCCCCUGACUUUGAAGAGGAAAAUAGUAUGGGUGUGCAGGAUCAAGAGUUAACUGAAAAAGAUAAAGAAGAAGAAGAAAAGUCAACCACCUUGAAGGAAAUAGAAUUAUAUCCAAGAUUAGGAAUUGAACCAAGUAUGGUUAGGAUGGAAGCAAAAGUCACAAAGUUGGCACGUGAUUUAUCAUUCUUUGGACAAGAAAUGUACAAUGAACGAGAUUUGGAACUAAAAGAUGGUGUUUUAAAGUGGAAUUGGUUUGGAUCGAUUCAUCUAGGUUCCUAUUGUUUUGUGAAACCUGUAGAGAUUGGAACUCCAAAGUUGAUGGUUGCUCAUCCACAGCAAACAACUGGCGCCAGCAAACCUAGAAAGAGAUCGGAAGUGCCACUCGAAGAUCUAUGUCUAGGACAGGUUGAAAGAAAGAGUGGACUAGAAAUACAUGUCGACCCGUCUCGUACAAGUGCAACCGAUCUCAUGAGAGGCGAUGAUUUUAGAGACUCGAUACCAACCGAAGAAAUAGCAUACUACCUCUUUUACGAGGACGACGCUACUCGAGACAAUUGGCUCAAGGCUAUCAACAGUGUCUUGCCACCACUCGAGCUGAAUCAACAGUGCUACGAAGAACUACAGGAAACAAGAGAUGAGCGACGAAAGGUUGCCAAAAAGAAACACCUGUCCCUCAUUCGUCAAGGAGUCGACUCGAUUAGCUGGAAAGAGCGUGACCAUCAACGAAGACUGAUUUGCAACCGUCGAAAGAAAGAAAUAAUGGGCAAUGAAGGUUUCCACGAGGUUGAACAUCAAAAACAACAAGCAUCCGAUGCCGAUGGCGAUCGUGACGAUGAUCAUGACAUGAAGAAGACCCGUGCUCAUCAUCAACAGUUCCUUUUUCGAUACACUUGCUGCAUCUUUUUGACUUUUCUCUGCAAUGUUGGGUGCUCUUGUGACGUUUUGUCCUCGAUAGAGUUUGAAAAAGUAUUAGAUUAUCUCUAUCAACCCUCACCAAACAGUGUCGAUAAUUGA